GCAUCUUCACAUCUGGUCUUCUGUCUGGCAUGUUUGCUUUCAGGAACAAUGGUUAAAGAGACUCUUCUGACAACACCAUCUACGUCUCUUCGUGUAAAGCAAAGCUUUAUAUCAGCUCCUGUUGGAGGAAACGUGACUUUACAGUGUUCCUAUGAAGGUGAUGACUCAGCGUGGAUCUGCUGGUACAUGCAAACUCUGGGACAGAAACCGCAGCUGAUCACCAGUUUCUUUGUGUAUAGUACUGAAAAUAAUUUUUAUGGUGCGUUCAAGAACCAUCCGCGCUUUAGCCUGAUUAGAGAAAACCAAACAACUUAUCAACUGAUUAUUUCCGAUCUUAAAAUGUCAGAUUCAGCCACUUACUAUUGUGCAUUUAACCAUGCACAAGUUGUGAGUUUUGCAGAAGGUACAACAGUCAUUGUUAAAAGUUCAAGUUCUAACGUCCAAACUUUGAUCCAUCAAUCAGAAUCUGAGACAAUUCAACCAGGGCACUCCUUGACUUUGAACUGCACGGUACAAACUGGCAUUUGUGGUGGAGAACACAAUGUUUACUGGUUCAAAAAGUCAGAAGAAUCCCACCCAGCACUUAUUUACAGUCAUGGGAGCAAGAAUGAUCAAUGCAAGAGAAACCCCACCACACAAACCCACACUUGCCUGUACAAUCUGUCAAUUGAAAGCCUGAAUGUGGCUGAUGCUGGGAUCUACUAUUGUGGCGUUUCUUUGUGUGGACACAUAGUGUUUGGCAACGGAACCACUCUAAAAUUCACAAGUGAGGGAAACUUCUUGGUGUAUUUCAUGGCUGGAUCAUUGACUGGUCUCUUCCUUAUUUUACUUAUGUUCUUAGUGGAACGGUUAAACAAAACAUACAACCGACAGGCCACAGCUAGAGCCAAGAUUUCCAGAUCAAAGUCCUCAAACGACGACAGUACUGGGCACGAGCCAAGUCACAGACAGCCUCCAUUAUGCAUCUGUAGAUGUAAACCAGUUGAACAGAUCAAGAAGAAAAAAAGCAGCAAUUGAAAAUGGCAUUUAGUCCAGCAUAAUCUAGGAAAUAUAUUAUACCAUAAUAUUUUUUUGUGGAUUUAGGAGUACGUCUAAAAAUAGUAACAAUUGAAGUGUGUUUCUCAGACUUUUAUAAAGAUGGAAAGGAGCUUUCUGCAAUUGGUCUCUUUUGGGUUUCCCUGUCAGCUAAAAAUCUAAAGUAAUCUAUAUUUCACUCAUAGUCUACUCUGCAGACAUGUUACUACUGUAAAGUAAAAAGAGGGGAAAUUCCUUUCAAAUUUUUGCUUCCUCUGUGUGUGUGGUGUUGGACAAAGGAUGCUAGACCUAAAUAAUUUCAGAACCUGUUAAAGACCAGACCAUUUACAGAUUAUAUCUGCCCAAUUGAUUUAGAUAUACAGUUGCUGGGAUUAUUCUGCUUUGAUCCAAGGUCAUAAUCUCAACUGUCAUAAAAUUAGAAGUUUGGAUUCUAAUGUCAUGUCAAGUUUCAACUGGUUUAAACAGGGACCAGAACCAUCAUGGCACAGAUGUGAUAAAGGCAUAGAUUUAUUUUACAAAAGUAUGAAUCCUUAUUUCUUUCAGAUUGACUAUGAUUUAAAAAAAAAACUGUAAUCAGUGUAUUAACAGAGUGAUUUAGGUCAGGUUCUGCUGUCAAUGGACUAUUUAAAAAAAACAUG